AUUCCGGGCGCGCGCGCUGCGGCCGGCGGCACGGCGCAAGUGGCGCCAGAAUUCGGAGCGCGGAAGCGCCUGAGCGGCUGUUGCCUGAACUCUGGUGCGUCUCCUGCCGCGGACGGCAGGGCAAGAAGGGAGAGAAGAUGGUGGUCCUUCGCAGCAGCCUAGAGCUGCAGAGCCACCCCGCCGCCUCGGCUACGGACUCUCUGGACUUGUCCAGCGAAUUCCUCAGUUUGGAGCAGACCCGGAGGCGGCUCCGCUCGGCCGGCGCCGCUGAGCAGUCCGCCGUCACCGCGGCCGCCGCGGGCGAUGGGUCUUCAGUUAAGGAAGUUGAAACCUACCACCAGACACGUACUUUAAGGUCCUUGAGAAAAAAUGCACAGAAUUCUUCAGAUUCUAGUUUUGAUAAGAAUACGGUGAUAACGGAGAAACAUGCUAAUGGCAGACAUUUUACAAGGCAGUUGGCCAGACAGCAGGCUGAUAAAAAAAAAGAAGAGUGCAAAGAAGACAAAGCAAUUGCAGUUACUCGGUCACUGAGGACUAGAAACAUAGUUCAAAAAACAGAACACUUGCAUGAAGAGAGUGGUGAUGUUGAAGUUCGCCGGAGCUGUAGGAUCAGAAGCCGCUAUGGUAGUGUGAACCAGUCUGUACUGUUUGACAAACUUAUAACAAACACUGCUGAAGCUGUGCUUCAAAAAAUGGAUGAUAUGGAGAAGCAGCGUAGACGGCGAAUGAGAAAACUUGAAGACUUGGAAGUAUUUAAUGAAACAGAAGAAGGGAAUCUUAACAUGUACACAAGAGGGAAACAAAAAGAUAUUCAAAGAACUGAUGAAGAAACAACUGACAAUCAAGAAGGCAGUGUGGAGUCAUCUGAAGAGGGUGAAGACCAAGAAGAUGAAGAUGAUGGUGAAGAUGAAGAUGAUGGUGAAGAUGAAGAUGAUGAAGAAGAGGAAGAUGAUGACGACGAUGAAGAUGAAGAGGACGUUGAAGAAGAUAAUCAGAAGCGAUACUAUCUUAGACAAAGAAAGGCUACUGUGUACUAUCAGGCUCCAUUGGAAAAACCUCGUCAUCAGAGAAAGCCCAAAAUAUUUUAUACUGGCCCAGCUUCUCCUGCGAGACCAAGAUAUCGAUUGUCUUCUGCGGGACCAAGAAGUCCUUAUUGUAAACGAAUGAACAGGCGAAGGCAUGCAAUCCACAGUAGUGACUCUACUUCAUCCUCCUCUUCAGAAGACGAACAGCAGUUUGAGAGGAGAAGAAAAAGGAGCCGUAAUAGAGCUAUCAACAGGUGCCUCCCACUAAAUUUUCGCAAAGAUGAAUUAAAAGGAAUUUAUAAAGAUCGCAUGAAAAUCGGAGCAAGCCUUGCAGAUGUUGAUCCAAUGCAACUAGAUUCUUCAGUACGAUUUGAUAGUGUUGGUGGCUUGUCUAAUCAUAUUGCAGCUCUAAAAGAGAUGGUAGUAUUUCCAUUACUUUAUCCAGAAGUCUUUGAAAAAUUCAAAAUUCAACCUCCAAGAGGUUGUUUGUUUUAUGGUCCACCUGGAACUGGAAAAACUCUGGUUGCUAGAGCACUUGCCAAUGAGUGCAGUCAAGGGGAUAAAAGAGUUGCAUUUUUCAUGAGGAAAGGUGCCGAUUGUCUGAGUAAGUGGGUAGGAGAAUCUGAGAGACAGCUGCGAUUGCUAUUUGAUCAGGCCUAUCAGAUGCGCCCAUCAAUUAUUUUCUUUGAUGAAAUUGAUGGUCUGGCCCCAGUACGAUCAAGCCGGCAAGAUCAAAUUCACAGUUCAAUUGUUUCCACCUUGCUAGCUCUUAUGGAUGGAUUGGACAGCAGAGGAGAAAUUGUGGUCAUUGGUGCUACCAACAGACUGGAUUCUAUUGAUCCUGCUUUACGAAGGCCUGGUCGUUUUGACAGAGAAUUCCUAUUUAGCCUACCUGAUAAAGAUGCUCGAAAAGAAAUUCUAAAAAUUCACACAAGGGAUUGGAAUCCUAAACCACUGGACAUGUUUCUGGAAGAACUAGCAGAAAACUCUGUUGGAUACUGUGGUGCAGAUAUCAAGUCAAUAUGCUCUGAAGCUGCUUUAUGUGCUCUGCGUCGACGCUACCCACAGAUCUAUACCACUAGUGAGAAACUGCAAUUGGAUCUCUCUUCAAUUAAUAUCUCAGCUAAGGAUUUUGAGGUAGCUAUGCAAAAGAUGAUACCAGCCUCCCAGAGAGCUGUGACAUCACCUGGGCAGGCACUGUCCACCAUUGUGAAACCACUACUGCAGAGCACUGUUCACAAGAUCCUAGAAGCCCUGCAGAGAGUAUUUCCACAUGCGGAAACCAGAACAAACAAAGCAUUAGACUCCGAUAUUUGUUGUCCUCUCUUAGAAAGUGACUUGGCAUACAGUGAUGAUGAUGUUCCAUCGGUAUACGAAAAUGGACUUUCUCAAAAAUCCUUUAAUAAGGCAAAAGAAAAUUUUAAUUUUCUUCAUUUGAAUAGAAAUGCUUGUUAUCAACCUAUGUCUUUUCGACCAAGAAUGCUAAUAGUGGGCGAACCAGGAUUUGGGCAAGGUUCUCAUUUAGCACCAGCUGUCAUCCAUGCUUUGGAAAAAUUUGCAGUAUACACUUUAGACAUUCCUGUUCUUUUUGGAGUCAGUGCUACGUCUCCUGAAGAAACAUGUGCCCAGGUGAUUCGUGAAGCUAAGAGAACAGCACCAAGUAUAGUGUACGUUCCUCACAUUCACUUGUGGUGGGAAAUAGUUGGACCAACACUCAAAGCCACGUUUACCACAUUAUUACAGAAUAUACCUUCUUUUGCUCCAGUUUUACUACUUGCCACUUCUGACAAACCCCAUUCCACUCUACCAGAAGAGGUACAAGAAUUAUUUAUCCAUGACUAUGGAGAAAUUUUUAAUGUCCAGUUACCUAGUAAAGAAGAACGGACACAGUUUUUUGAAGAUUUAAUUCUGAAGCAAGCUGCUAAGCCUCCUAUAUCCAAAAAGAAAGCAGUUUUGCAGGCCCUGGAGGUACUCCCUGUGGCACCACCACCUGAGCCAAGACCACUGACAGCAGAAGAACUGAAACGACUAGAAGAACAAGAGGAAGAUACAUUUAGAGAACUGAGGAUAUUUUUAAGAAAUGUUACACAUAGGCUUGCUAUUGACAAGCGAUUCAGAAUAUUUACUAAACCUGUUGACCCUGACGAGGUUCCUGAUUAUGUCACUGUAAUAAAGCAACCAAUGGACCUUUCAUCUGUAAUCAGUAAAAUUGAUCUUCACAAGUAUCAAACUGUGAAAGACUAUUUGAAUGAUAUUGAUCUGAUCUGUAGUAAUGCUUUAGAAUACAAUCCAGAUAGAGAUCCUGGAGAUCGUCUUAUUAGGCAUAGAGCCUGUGCUUUAAGAGAUACUGCCUAUGCAAUAAUUAAAGAAGAACUUGAUGAAGACUUUGAGCAGCUUUGUGAAGAAAUUCAGGAAUCUAGAAAGAAGAGAGGUUGUAGCUCUUCCAAAUAUGCCCCAUCUUACUACCAUGUAAUGCCAAAGCAAAAUUCCACUCCUGCUGGUGAUAAAAAAUCAGAUCCAGAGCAAAGUGAAAAGCCAAACAGGCCCAGUACUCCUAUGGCUUGCAGCACUCCUGCUCAGUUGAAGAGAAAAGUCCGCAAAAAAUCAAAGUGGUACUUGGGCACCAUAACAAAACGAAGGAAGAUCUCACAGGCAAAAGAUGACAGCCAAAAUGUCACAGGUGACAAAAUUGAGAGUGAUACAGAGGAAAAUCAAGAUACAAGUGUAGACCACAAUGAGACCGGAAACACAGGGGAGUCUUCAAUGGAAGAAAAUGCCUCUGAAAGCAAAAUAGAAUUAGAAAAUAACAAUUCAAGUCCUUGCAUUGAGAAUGAACCUGAAGAAUCUGGAAAGACUACAGCAUGUACAGAAUUGAGGAAAGAUAAGAUUGCUUGUAAUGGAGAUGCUUCUAGCUCUCGAAUAAUAGACAUUUUUGAUGAAAAUGAAGCAAAAGAAAUGUGUGUUCUGCGAAUGACUCGAGCUAGACGUUCCCAAGUAGAGCAACAGCAGCUCAUCAGUGUUGAAAAGGCUUUGGCAAUUCUUUCUCAGCCCACACCCUCACUUGUUGUGGACCAUGAGCGACUGAAAAAUCUUUUGAAGAUUGUUGUUAAAAAAAGUCAAGAAUACAAUAUUUUUCAGUUGGAAAAUUUAUAUGCUGUAAUCAGCCAAUGUAUUUAUCAGCAUCGCAGGGACUAUGACAAAACAGCACUCAUUCAGAAAAUGGAACAAGAAGUAGAAAACUUCAGUUGCUCCAGAUCAUGAUGUCAUGGUACCAAGUAUUUUUUAUAUUCAGUUCCUAUUUAAUUCACCUUUGUCAUGUUGACAUAACUGAUGCAAGAUGAAAUCCUGAAUCUCUAAAGAAAAGAGUAAAAUAGUAAUUAAAAAUAUUUAAACUUUUCUGGUAUUUAUAUACAUGUGUAAGAUAAAUUACAGAGAUAACUGAUAAAUAUUUGAUUGAACAAGUCAUUGUGGUAAUACUAUUGCUAUUGUUAUCAGUAAAGUGUGGCCAACUCCUAAUAAAGUUUAUUUUGAUAAUUAAUGUUUAUUACACUUAGGAGUAAUUAGUGACACUGAUAGUUUUUGUUUUAAGCACUUUUAAUUUUAUCCUUCCUAAAAAUAGUUUAUUGUGUCAGACUAGAAACUACUUAACCAUUGUGUCUUUGCCAUCGUUUCUGCCUUUAGCAUUCUCUGCAAAUUCACUUAAAAGCUCGUGCUUGAGUCAUGAUUUGCAGAAGGUCCCCUGAACAACUUCUAGGUGAACCACAGUUCUGUACUUGAAUAUCAAAAUUAAUGCUUUUUAGAUCAACAUUUUUUUAUCAUUUAAUUUGGAUUAAUAAAAAAUUUUAAAUUUUUUUGUUUUACUUUUAUGAUUAUACAUACAACAAAUGUAUUAACGACUACUUUGUUAAAUAUCUUUUUAACAAUGCAAAGUUUUUAUAUAUGAAAGCUAUUUAUAUCCUUCUUAGGCUGUAUUCUAUAGAUACCUUUUGUAUACAAUUAUAUAAAUGUAAAUAUUAUGAAUUUUGUAUUAAUGAUGCCAAAAAUGCAUUUCUUAAAGCAAUAAAAGCAUUCACCACCAUGCA